AUGCAUAAACUCAUUGUUGUGGAAAUACCGGAUUAUACAGGUUGGUCAUGGACAGAAGACCCCCAAUGUAUCAACCAGCCUGGCGGGUUGGAGACGGCGGGUUCGCCAAUCGGCAGCCAGUCGUGGCACGAGAUGACGGGAGGACGGUGCUACAACUUUUCUGCCGAGCUUCUUUUUGCAGGAUCGGGAGAGGGAGCCCCGACAGGGAAGACAGAGGUUACUUCAGAGAUAACCAAUUCAAGUCAACCUCAUCGUCGUCUUGAUCGGAGCAAACGAGUUAGUGGCAAUGACAUCACAAGAUGCACAACCGGACGCCUCAAAAGCAGAGGAAGUGCGCAUCGGGUCCCAAAUGAAGGUGGAGUACAGCAGCAGACUGAUCGUAGGCCUUCCUUUGAUGAUUUACCACUGACUAGUUAUGCUAACAAACAAUAUCCCGCCUGUGAUUCAAACUGUCACCAUCUUCUAGAUCCUCCUCACACUCCCAAUGCCGUGGUCUGCUGGAGGUGUAACAGGGUAACAUCCCAUUCGGUGACCCGCAGUAGCAGAAGCAACAGAAAUUGUUCCAGUACUGUCCGAAGUGCAAUGCGCGUCUGCGACCACACUGAUGACCUAUCCGCUCCCCUCUCUGUAGAAUUAAGCGAUGUAAGUCAUCAUCCGAUACAAAGUUGUGUAAAACUAUUCUCAAAGGGCAUGUAUUACAAACAGGUCUUUCCCAAGGGUUUGGAGGCACCAGAGCGCCAGUCAUCGGCACCUCCAUUUGUAAUGACGAGUCAGAUGAACUCCUACGAGGAGUGCGCAACGGGAAUGCCCUCGACGUCCCUUCAGACUCCGCCCUACAGUCCAAAACAGAGUUUGCAGCACCACAGUCAACACCUGCAGCAUUCUCAAAAUUAUCAUAUCCUUCAACAGCAACAACAACAACAACAGCAACAACAGGAACAGUCAUCAGGCUCAGAGAUGACCAGUUGGGCGUCGGGAUCAUCGAGAAACACGGCCUCGAGUACAAGUGAUCCGUCGCCGUGCUUCCUUGGAACUAACGCAGUCUCACCGACAGACGUUUACUCCUACAACCAGACAGAAUGGGACACCAACUACAAACCCGACACACCUGCACUCUCACUUCCACCUCCACAGGCACCACCCUCAACACCCACCGGUCUGGGAUGGGUGGUGUCCGAGUAUACGGAGGGAGAGGCAGAGAGGCAGGGGGAGAAGAGGGGCCCCUGGCUUGACUCCUUUGGCUCCUCCUCACCAGUUCCUCCACCCUCGCCCUCACAGCAGCAGUCCCAGCGAGUUUCGAGUGGCGGUGGUGGUGGACAAAUCCAGUUAUGGCAGUUCCUGCUCGACGAGUUGCACGAUCCCCUCUCCUCGCGUUACAUCUGCUGGACGGGUCAUGGAGCUGAGUUCAAGUUAAAAGACCCCAACGAAGUGGCUCGCCGAUGGGGUCUGCGAAAGAACAAGCCGAAGAUGAAUUACGAGAAGCUGAGUCGCGGGCUGCGCUACUAUUAUGAUAAGAAAAUAAUUGAGAAGUCUGCGGGCAAGCGCUACGUCUACCGGUUCUCCCCGAAGAUUGAAGAGCUGAUCAAGCGCACCAAGGGUGCUGGACUCAGUUUCUACCAUAGUGGUGGGACUCUCAGUGGAAAAAACAGAGACGGCUUGCCUCUCUGA